AUAGUUGACCCACCCUGAGAUCCUCUCCUCUUUGUAUAUAAAUACACAUGAUUCGUGAUCUGGUCUGAAGAUCAUAAAACCAUAACACACACAUUCGAAAACCCCCUAGUCAACCGAAGAAAAGCGUUGAAAAGCUCGCUCCGAUGGCAGACCACAACCUUGAUCGCGCUUCUAGCUCCAUGGACGUUGCAGCUGCAGAGGUAGUAGAAGCCGAACAACAGGCCCCAAUGGCAGAAAACGAUGAUAUGGACUCAACGCAGUACUUUGCGAGCAGAUUAAAUUAUCUUGCAGCAGAGAAGGCCAACGGAGAGAAUCCAUACCCACACAAGUUUUCUGUCUCGAUUUCAGUCUCUGAGUUCAUUAACAAGUACAAAAGCUUAUUCAACGGAGACCAUGUUGAAGACGACCUAGUUUCUGUAGCUGGACGGAUAAUGAGCAAGAGAUCUUCAUCUUCCAAGCUUUCAUUCUAUGAUCUGAAUGAUAGUUGCUUAAAGGUCCAAGUAAUGGCUGAUUUAAGGAAGUCUGAACUAGACAGAGAUGAGUUUGCAAAGCUCCAUGAGUUUGCCAAGCGUGGAGACAUCGUCGGCGUCACCGGUUUUCCAGGAAAAACUAAGAGAGGAGAGUUAAGUAUCUUCCCACGAUCGUUUACUGUGCUGUCUCCUUGCCUCCACAUGUUGCCUGGAGCUGAUAAUAAGAAGCGAGAAGUAUGGUCUCCAGGCAACCUAAGACAUCCUCAAACAUAUUUUCUCAAGGACCAGGAAACUCGUUUUCGCCAGCGUUAUCUCGACCUAAUGAUGAACAACCACGAGAUUCCUCAGAUAUUCAAGACCAUCGAUAACAUCAACAAGUACAUAAGAAGAUUCCUCUCCGGUCUUGAUUUCGUGGAGGUUUCGACUCCGAUGCUGCACACGAUACCCGGCGGAGCAGCCGCGCGUCCCUUUGCGACGCACCACAACGACCUCGACAUGAAGCUCUACAUGCGCAUCUCGCCCGAGCUCCAUCUCAAGCAGCUCGUGAUCGGCGGCAUGGACCGCGUCUACGAGAUUGGGAAGCAGUUCAGGAACGAGAGCAUCGACGUGACGCACAAUCCAGAGUUCACCACUUGCGAGUUCUACAUGGCUUACGCCGACUACAAUGACUUGAUGAAGAUGACUGAAGAUUUGUUGAGUGGUUUGGUCAAGGAGCUAACGGGUGGUUACAGAGUCAAGUACCAUGCUAAUGGUUAUGAUAAGGAUCCGAUAGUAAUCGACUUUGCUCCUCCAUACAGGAGGAUUGACAUGAUCGGAGAGUUGGAGAAGAUGGCUAAUCUCAAUAUACCAAAAGAUUUGGCUAGUGAAGAAGCUAACAAGUAUCUCAUUGAUGCAUGCGCGAGGUUGGAUGUCAAGUGCCCACCUCCUAUGACAACUGCUCGUUUGCUGGAUAAACUUGUUGGACACUUUGUGGAAGGGACAUGUGUUAACCCCACUUUCAUAAUGAACCACCCGGAGAUAAUGAGUCCAUUGGCAAAGUCGCACAGAUCCAUCAAGGGCUUGACUGAACGGUUUGAGCUGUUCAUCAACCAACAUGAACUCUGCAAUGCCUACACUGAGUUGAAUGAUCCUGUGGUGCAGCGUCAGCGAUUUGCUGAUCAGCUCAAGGAUAGACAAAGUGGAGAUGAAGAAGCGAUGGCAAUGGAUGAGAGCUUUUGCACUGCUCUAGAGUAUGGAUUGCCUCCUACAGGUGGUUGGGGAAUUGGAAUUGACCGGCUUGCUAUGUUGCUUACCGACUCCCAGAACAUUAAGGAAGUUAUAACCUUCCCACUAAUGAAGCCCCAGGACUGAAAUAUAUUUUCUGAUUUUGUGAUUGUUUUUUUCAGAUUGUUUUCAGCUUUUUCUUGUAAUUAAACCAAAAAAAAUAAUACUACUUUGUAUUGUCCAAAAAGAAAAACUAAGAACUCAUGUAAUUCUCUUA